ACCGGGCGGCUGGAAGGCAGGGCGCGGGGCCGCGGCGAGAGGAGCUGCGCAGAGGGGCAGGGCGAGCUGGGGCUGCGGAGCAUCGCUUCUCUCGGCCGGCUUGGAUGAUUUUCCCCCCUCUUCCACGAUUCAGGCAAGAACCAAAUCGUGUGCAAGGUCAAGAUCCAAACCGUCAGCGUCCACAGCUCGCGCAGCCCCGCAGCCCAGGGCGCAGUCCCGCCGCACCCGGAGACCUCGCGUUCUCCCUCGCCCUCCUGCAGGGAGAGGGAGACUCCUUCGCCGCCGCCGCCGCCUUCGCUGCAGAGAGCGGUUCCCUCGCUCAGAACCAUGACGAGCAAGAAGCUGUUCGAGGACCUCUCUGGCAGAGGCAAAGCCAUCGGAGUCCUGACCAGCGGCGGCGAUGCUCAGGGUAUGAACGCAGCGGUCCGUGCAGUGGUGCGCAUGGGGAUCUAUGUUGAAGCAAAAGUAUAUUUUAUCUAUGAGGGAUACCAAGGUAUGGUUGAUGGGGGUGAAAAUAUUGUUGAAGUUACAUGGGAGAGUGUUUCAAGUAUCCUCCAAGUGGGGGGGACUGUUAUUGGCAGCGCUCGCUGCAAACCUUUCCGGACUCGAGAAGGUCGUUUGAAAGCGGCCUGCAAUCUGGUGAAGCAUGGAAUCACAAACCUUUGUGUGAUUGGGGGAGAUGGUAGCUUAACCGGUGCUAAUAUCUUUCGGGGAGAGUGGAACGGCCUCUUAGAGGAGUUGGCGAGGAAUGGUGAGAUCGAAGAAGAAGCUGUAAAGAACUAUGCUUACCUCAACAUUGUGGGAAUGGUUGGCUCCAUUGACAAUGAUUUCUGUGGGACAGACAUGACCAUUGGCACAGAUUCAGCCCUGCACAGAAUUAUUGAAGUUGUGGAUGCCAUCAUGACUACUGCUCAAAGCCAUCAGAGGACCUUUGUCCUAGAGGUGAUGGGAAGACACUGUGGGUAUCUAGCACUUGUUAGUGCUUUAGCCUGUGGUGCAGAUUAUGUUUUUAUCCCUGAAUAUCCACCUGAGGAAGGAUGGGAAGAUCACAUGUGUGCUAGGCUUUCUGAGAAUCGUGCCGGAAAGAAAAGGUUGAAUAUUAUAAUUGUGUCAGAAGGAGCAAUCGAUUCCUGCAACCGGCCUAUCACUUCUGAACAAGUGAAGGAUCUUGUGGUGAAACGGUUAGGGUUUGACACACGGGUAACCAUUCUUGGCCAUGUGCAACGAGGAGGCACACCCUCUGCUUUUGAUCGGAUUUUGGCCAGCCGCAUGGGUGUGGAGGCCGUCCUUGCCCUUCUGGAAGCCACACCUGAAACUCCUGCAUGCGUGGUGUCCCUGUCUGGAAACCAAGCUGUCCGCCUGCCUUUAAUGGAGUGCGUUCAGAUGACCCAAGAUGUACAGAAAGCUAUGGAUGAAAGAAAAUUCGAAGAAGCAGUAGAACUCCGUGGAAGGAGUUUUUCAAACAACUUGAAUACCUACAAGCUCUUGUCUAACAAAAAGCCAAAGGCUGAACUGCCCAAGAGCAAUUUCACUGUCGCUGUCCUAAAUGUUGGCGCACCAGCAGCUGGGAUGAAUGCUGCUGUCCGUUCCGCCGUGAGACUUGGGAUCACUGAAGGACACAAAAUGUUGGCUGUCACUGAUGGCUUUGAAGGCUUUUCUAGAGGGGAGAUUAAAGAAAUCAAGUGGGGAGAUGUCGGAGGUUGGACUGGCCAAGGAGGGUCAAUACUUGGCACAAAACGUACACUUCCUGGAAAGUACUUGGAGGAGAUUGCAGAACAGAUGCGAACUCAUAACAUCAAUGCCCUCCUUGUUAUUGGUGGCUUUGAGGCAUACCUGGGACUAUUGGAGCUCUCUGCAGCCCGGGAGAAAUAUGAAGCGUUCGGUAUUCCCAUGGUUAUGGUUCCCGCAACCGUAUCCAACAAUGUGCCUGGUUCUGAUUUCAGCAUUGGUGCAGACACUGCUCUGAACACUAUCACUGAUGCCUUUGAAAGCUGCUUGCUGCUAGCUGAAGCCCGGAGCCGCUAUGAGGAGUUUUGCAUCCCAAUUUGUGACUUGCCUGCAACCAUUAGCAAUAAUGUCCCAGGCACUGACCUUACUAUCGGUGCUGAUACUGCCUUGAAUAUUGUUGUAGAGACCUGCGACCGAAUCAAGCUAUCCGCAAGCGGGACAAAGCGACGUGUGUUUAUCAUUGAGACCAUGGGAGGCUACUGUGGCUACCUGGCUAAUAUGGGGGCUUUGGCUGCAGGUGCCGACGCUGCAUAUAUUUUCGAAGAAAAAUUCGACAUUCGGGAGCUACAGGCCAAUGUGGAACAUCUGACUGAAAAGAUGAAAACCAGCAUUCAGCGAGGUUUGGUCCUGAGGAACGAAAAUAGUAGCCAGAACUACACAACUGACUUCAUUUAUCAGCUCUAUUCGGAAGAAGGCAAAGGGGUCUUCGACUGCCGGAAGAACGUGCUUGGUCAUAUGCAGCAGGGUGGUGCCCCUUCUCCAUUUGAUAGAAACUUUGGGACAAAAAUUGCAGCAAAAGCUAUGCUGUGGAUCUCUAAGAAACUAAAAGAAAGCUACCGAAGAGGAAAGGUGUUUGCCAACACUGAGGACUCUGUGUGCCUUCUAGGAAUGCGUCGGAGAAACCUCAUCUUCCAGCCUGUGAUCAAGCUACAGGAUGAGGCAGAUUUUGUGCACAGGAUUCCUAAGGAACAGUGGUGGCUAAAACUGCGUCCCCUGAUGAAGAUCCUGGCCAAAUACAAGACCAGCUAUGAUGUUUCCGAUUCAGGCCAGCUAGAGCACGUGCUUAGACCGAAGGCAUCAGAAGCCUAAGACUGGGAUGCCAGGAUGUCAUAAAUCGAACUCUUUCUCCAUUGUUGAGGAACACGGCUUUAGAGAAUGUGUUACAGCUUCUUUUUGUAACAUCUAAGUUAUUGUACCAGCACUUUAUGUGGGAAACAAAAACUUUACAAUCUCUCUGUUCCUGGUUAUUUUUAGGCUUCAUUGACACAAAGAAACACUCUAGUGCAGUGGUUUUCAACCUUGGCAACUUUAAGAUGUGCGGACUUCAACUCCUAGAACUCUGGGAGUUGACGUCCACACGUCUUAAAGUUGCCAAGGUUGAGGAACACCGCUCUAGUGCCUAACUUAACAAAGAGAACCCAGUUACCGAUGUGUUCCUUAUGAAUAAUCUGUCAAAAACCGGUUCUAUGCACUCAGUGUGAUGCUAUUCAUCUCUUGCACUUUUACCAGAUAGUGUUUACACUCAAAAGCAUAGUUUUGU